GGGGCCUCUCCCUGCCCCAUCCCGCUCCCAACGCUGAGUCCAGUGACAACCCCCAGGCACCCCGCAUUCGCAGCCUCCUUCCCCCCGAGCGGAGCUGCGGGGCCCGCCGGGCCGGGGCAGACCCCGGGAACCCGGACGCGGCCGCCCGGGCCCGCGGGCGGGGGGAUCGGCGGGGUGGAGGGGACUGGUAGCAGAGGCAGCCGCCAUGGAGUUCCGCCAAGAGGAGUUUCGGAAGCUAGCGGGUCGCGCCCUCGGGAAGCUGCACCGUCUCCUGGAGAAGCGGCAAGAAGAUGCAGAGACACUGGAGCUGAGUGCUGAUGGGCGCCCAGUGACGACGCAGACCCGGGACCCGCCGGUCGUGGAUUGCACCUGUUUUGGUCUCCCUCGCCGCUACAUUAUCGCCAUCAUGAGCGGUCUGGGCUUCUGCAUCAGCUUUGGCAUCCGCUGCAACCUGGGCGUGGCCAUCGUCUCCAUGGUCAACAACAGCACGACCCACCACGGAGGCCACGUGGUGGUGCAGAAAGCUCAAUUCAACUGGGAUCCAGAGACUGUUGGCCUCAUACACGGCUCCUUUUUCUGGGGCUACAUUGUUACCCAGAUUCCUGGAGGAUUUAUCUGCCAAAAAUUCGCAGCCAACAGGGUUUUCGGCUUUGCUAUUGUGGCUACCUCCACUCUAAACAUGCUGAUUCCUUCGGCUGCCCGCGUCCACUACGGUUGUGUCAUCUUCGUGAGGAUCCUGCAGGGGUUGGUAGAGGGUGUCACGUACCCCGCCUGCCACGGGAUCUGGAGCAAAUGGGCCCCGCCCUUAGAGCGGAGUCGCCUGGCGACAACAGCCUUUUGCGGUUCCUAUGCUGGGGCGGUGGUUGCGAUGCCUCUCGCCGGGGUCCUGGUGCAGUACUCAGGAUGGAGCUCUGUGUUCUACGUCUACGGCAGCUUCGGGAUCUUCUGGUACCUGUUCUGGCUGCUCGUCUCCUACGAGUCCCCGGCCCUGCACCCCAGCAUUUCGGAGGAGGAGCGCAAGUACAUCGAGGACGCCAUCGGCGAGAGCGCCAAACUCAUGAACCCAGUCACGAAGUUUAACACACCCUGGCGGCGCUUCUUCACGUCCAUGCCAGUCUAUGCCAUCAUUGUGGCCAACUUCUGCCGCAGUUGGACAUUCUACCUGCUCCUUAUCUCCCAGCCCGCCUACUUCGAAGAAGUGUUCGGCUUCGAGAUCAGCAAGGUGGGCCUGGUAUCAGCGUUGCCCCACCUGGUCAUGACCAUCAUCGUGCCCAUCGGCGGCCAGAUCGCCGACUUCCUGAGGAGCCGCCGUAUCAUGUCCACCACCAACGUGCGCAAGUUGAUGAACUGUGGGGGCUUUGGCAUGGAAGCCACGCUGCUGCUAGUGGUCGGCUACUCGCACUCCAAAGGGGUGGCCAUCUCCUUCCUGGUCCUCGCAGUGGGCUUCAGCGGCUUCGCCAUCUCCGGGUUCAACGUGAAUCACCUGGACAUCGCCCCGCGCUAUGCCAGCAUCCUCAUGGGCAUCUCCAACGGCGUGGGCACGUUGUCGGGGAUGGUGUGCCCCAUCAUCGUGGGUGCAAUGACUAAGCACAAGACUCGGGAGGAGUGGCAGUAUGUGUUCCUCAUUGCCUCCCUGGUGCACUACGGGGGUGUCAUCUUCUACGGGGUCUUCGCUUCCGGAGAGAAGCAGCCGUGGGCAGAGCCUGAGGAGAUGAGCGAAGAGAAAUGUGGCUUUGUUGGCCAUGACCAGCUGGCUGGCAGUGAUGAAAGCGAAAUGGAGGAUGAGGCUGAGCCCCCCGGGGCACCCCCUGCUCCCCCUCCCUCCUAUGGAGCCACACACAGCACAGUUCAACCCCCAAGACCCCCACCCCCUGUCCGGGGCUACUGACCAUGUGCCUCCCACUGGAUGGCAGUUUCCAGGUCCUCCAUUCCACACAUCUCUGGCCUGAGUUUACAGUAUCAAGGAACCCCAGUCCUCUGCGUCCUGCCUCAGGCCUAAGAAGCACUCUCCCUUGUUCCUAGUGCUGUCAAACCCUCUUUCCUUCCCAUUUGCCUCUCAGGGGUAGUGAAGCUGCAGACUGGCAGUUUCAAGGAUACCCAAAUUUCCCUAAAGGUACCCUUCUCCACUUGUUCUGCCUCAGUGGUUUCAAGUCUCUCCUUUCAGGGCUUUAUUUGAAUGGACAGUUCAAUCUCUUAAUCUCUCUUGUGGUUUUGGGCACCUCCCCAUUUCUUUGAACCCCAGGGAUUUGGGCUAAUCCCUGAGAUUACUCAGCCUGCCUCUUCUUUCAGAAAAAUUCAAGGUUUUCCUCUAGAAGUUUCAAAUCCCUCCCAACCCUAUUCUGCACUUCCCAGGUUGGCUUAACUAAUCACCCAUCCCUGCCAUUUAGGGAUUGAUUCUCACCAGCGUUUCUGAGGGGAAAUGGCAGUUUCAAGCACCCUCCCACCCAACUUUUCACCCCUCUCUCCACCAGCAGAUUCUGCUGAAGCACCAAAUUCCCCAAAACCUUCUCCCUAGCUUAGCACAACGCCUAGGGAAACAACCAAAAUGAUGGUUUUAACAAUAUGCCUCUCUACGCCCCCAUGCACUUUUUCUGACAUGGUUUUCAGGUCUAAAUAGCGGCUGCACAAGUCCAUCUACUCUUAAGCUUUGAAGCCACCACCAUUGAACUUUCCCAUGGUGGUUUCAAGAUGCUCCUUCUUCCCCCUGAAUCUUAGCACUUUAUUCUCCUGGGUGGUUUCAAACUACCCUCAUUUUCUCAGUGGCCAUUUGUUGUCCCUCAGGGGCUGAAUGACUCCAAAUCUGGGAUCCCUUCCCUCUCAGACUCCCCUAUUUCGGCUUAGAAUUUGGGGAACAUAUAUAGAAGUCACAGAAUCCCAGGAAAGGGACUGGGGCUGGGGAAGGGGGUGUUUUACCCCGGGCAGGGUUGUGUCUUUGUGUGUCUUGUCUCUGUGACUGUAAAUCCUGCCCUGCCCCUCUCCCAAUAAAAUGCUUUGUUGUACACA